AUGGCAAACUUGGCAAACUUGUCAAAGCGGGAAUUUGAUGCCCAAGACAUAUAUGGGAACAACUAUCUAUCAUGGGUCCUAGAUGCCAAGAUCCAUUUGUGUGCCAAUAGCUUUGGAAAAACAAUUGUAGAUGGAAGUGAUGCAUCACAUAAAGAAAACGCAAAGGCUAUGAUUUUUCUUCGUCGUCACAUUCAUGAAGUGCUGAAAAACGAAUACGUGGAGGUCGAUGACCCAUUGGUUCUGUGGACAGCCUUAUACGAAAGAUACAAUCACCAGAAGACGGUGAUCCUCCUAAGAGCCAGAUAUGAGUGGACAGUUGAGAUUCCAAGAUUUCAAAACAAUGAGCUUCUAUUGAAAAAUCAGCAAUCUCGCCCAACAGGCUCAACACCAUUUCCUAAAGUAAAUGUUGCAUCUCAUGAAGCGAAUACCACCUCAUCUGGUGGCAGUACCCACAGACGUGGGCAAGGAGGCGAGCGUGGCCGCUAG